UGUUAGGUACACUUGAUGUAAAAGUGUAAUAUGGAUAUUUACACUUUAUGCUACUUUUCUAAAUAUGCCAGUUAAAUUUUACUAUUAUUGUAGCAAAAAUUCUGUUGGAUGUCUUUUGUUUUAAAUACUUAUUACAUCAUCUGAUAAUUAUGCAUGUUGGAUGAUUAUAGUUUUAUAGAUCUUUUGGUACAUUUAUUAGGGGAUAAACAUUUGUAUGAUAUUAACAAGUUUAAAAUUUAUAUUGAAUCAGUUAUGGCAAAUGUCAAUAAUACUCCAAUAAUCUCCUCUACUGACGACGAUGGAGAAGAAUUGAUUCUCACAACAUUGUUGAUAGUACAAUAUCAUUAUUCCAGCGAUUUAUACACUAGAGAACCAUGCAGGGAUAGUGCAUUCACAGGGGCAGCAUGGGUACAUGAGGUGUUGCAUGGGCAUGCAAACCGCUGUUACGAAGAAUUUGGCAUGGAACGACAUGUGUUUUUAAAUUUAUGCCUACUAAUGAGACAUCGUGGUUGGUUACAAGACAGUCGCAAAAUUAGGGUAGAUGAGCAAUUGGCAAUGUUCAUGUUCAGAAUAACAGGUGUAGGUCCUACUAAUAGAGCAGUUGAGGAGAGAUUCCAACAUUCAGGACAGACUGUCAGCUAUUACUUUGGCAAAGUAUUGCAAGGGGUGCUUAAGCUUUCUAAGGAGUAUAUCAAAGCCCCAUCGUUUGAUGAGAUUCCUAUGGAAAUAAUUGCAAACAACAAAUGGUGGCCAUAUUUUAAGGAUUGCAUUGAUGCCAUAGAUGGUACACAUGUUACUGCUAUAGUUCCCAAGGGAAAACAGAUCCCAUAUCGAGGACGAAAGGGGAUAACAACCCAAAAUGUGAUGUGUGCCUGCUCGUUUGACAUGAAAUUCACUUUUGUAUAUGCGGGUUGGGAAGGCAGUGCAAAUGAUUGCCGUGUAUUCAAUAGAGCCCUAGAGGAUCCUACCUUGCGAUUUCCUCAUCCUCCCCAAGGUAUAUCAAUUCCCAAAUUAUCAUGUAUGCAAAUGAUUAUUGUGUAUGCUUUUAAUGUCUUGUUUUAUCAUAUUGUAGGGAAGUAUUACAUUGUAGACUCAGGAUAUGCGAAAAUAGACUCAUCAUUAGUUCCUCGCUAUGGGCAGAAGUUGUGGAGGCACGGUCAGAAGGAUCUUUCUCAGGCUGACCGUAAUAAUAAGAAAACCACCAUGCCAAGAAUUCCCCACUAA